AUGGGGAAAGAAAUGUCUAAUCCUCCGACCAACCAGAAGCAUAAGUCUACGGUGGCGUACACGGUGGAGCAGCUCGUCGCCGUCAAUCCCUACAACCCCGACAUUCUCCCCGAUCUCGAAAACUAUGUUAACGAGCAGUUCCACCACCGCAGCCUCCAAACCCUCCACCUCAACCUCCACGGCUCCUCCACAGCGGCACAGCCCGACGAGAGUAGGAUCUCCGCCGCCUUAGUCUACUCACAACCAACUUGCUUCGCACUUUCACAGUCUCCCUAUAUCUCAGCAUCUCGCGCACUCCAAUUCCCUGCUCCUAGGCUCUCGCCAUCCCGACAUCCCCUGCUCCUCAGUCGACUCCGAAGGUAA